AUGUCGACAAACCUUAUUGCUAGUAUUGCAAAGUUAAGGGGCAGAGAAAAUUACGAAGAUUGGGCAUUUGCUGUGGAAAAUUAUCUCGUAUUGGAAGGCGUGCAACAGUGUAUCACGACCGAAGAUGAUCCGAAUGACGCGAAAGCAAAAGCAAAAAUAGUGUUAACUAUAGAUCCCAGUUUAUUCGUGCAUAUAAAAAGUGAAUCAACUGCAAUGGGACUAUGGCAGAAACUAAAAAAGCUAUUUGAUGAUAAUGGCUUCACGCGACGCAUCAGACUACUUCGUAACCUCAACCUCAUAUCAAUUCGUCGUGAAAAUUGUGAUUCUAUGGCACAAUAUGUGACUUCAUUGUUAGAAACAAGCCAGCGAUUGAAUAACACAGGAUUCAAAAUUAGUGACGAGUGGAUCGGGUCUUUGUUGUUAGCAGGAUUACCAGAAAAAUUUGAACCAAUGAUAAUGGCGGUGGAGCAUUCAGGUAUUGAGUAA